AUGUUUUUACAGACUUUCCGCCUCAAUGUUCCAAAGGUGCUAUCGCACGUGAAACUAUCUCCUGUAAGUAUAAUGAGGACAUGCGCACCGUCUACCAUUUUAGCGGUUGGCGCCCAGAAACCGACUCUUGCCUCAGCGAAUAGAUCGCUGGUGUUCAGCAGGGGUUUCAAAGUCAGGACGUCCAUCAAAAAGUUUUGCAGCGAUUGUUACUUGGUGAGAAGAAAAGGAAGGGUAUACAUUUACUGCAAAUCAAAUAAGAAGCAUAAGCAGCGUCAAGGUUGA